UAUUUUCAGUAGAGCCGCAGCUUAGAGGUGGAUAAAGUUCGUCUCCACGUUGGAAGUGAUAGAAAGUGUUAUCCCUGAUCAGACGCGGAUUUGGCUUUUGACGAGAGUAAACAAAGCGGGAUAGUUCGGGUUUAAGUUCUUUGCGGCUGAGGAGGGGUGGACACCGAUUAUUUGGAUGAACGGACGGUGGAGCGGAGCAAAGUUUUGUCGGGACACGAAGUUGUCAAGUGAGUUGAACUUCAACAAAAGGCGGACGGACCGAGAGCGGGUCAGUGGACGAAUGUAAACAGCGGAUCGAUUCUCACAGAAGUUUUAAAAAAAUAUCCUCCAUCCAGUAACUUUAUGUCCAAGAAAAUGGAAGCGACUUUCUACGACGAAGCCGUCAGCGCGUCCCACUCCCAGCAUGACGGCGCCAGGGUUUACGGAUUCAACCCCAAAACCCUCAAGCAGACGCUAACUCUGAACCUGAACGACCCCAAGAACUUCAAGCCCCAGCUGGGCUCCAAGGCCCUGGAUAUCCUGACGUCCCCUGACGUGGGGCUGCUGAAGCUGGCGUCACCCGAGCUGGAGCGGCUGAUCAUCCAAUCCUGCACCGGGCUCACGACCCCGACUCCGACCCAGUUCAUCUGUCCCAAGAACAUCACCGACGAGCAAGAGGGCUUCGCGGAAGGGUUCGUGCGGGCUCUGGCGGAGCUCCACUACCAGCAGCAGACACCCGCCCCGUCGGGCAACGACUCCUCCGCCUCUGGCGCGUCGGAGAGCGGCGCGCUUCCCUACAGCUGCACGGUCCGCGCCGAGCCGCCGGAGUACACCAACUUGGGCUCAGUCCUGGGACCAGCCGCUGCCAGCGAGAGAGCUUCCAGUUUCUCAUCCGCCCCGCAGCCGUCCCACUUGGAGCAGCUGACGCCUCACCCUCGGCUGCGCUCCCUGAAGGAGGAGCCGCAGACGGUGCCGGAGAUGUCCGGCGAGACCCCGCCGCUGUCCCCCAUCGACAUGGAGAGCCAGGAGCGCAUCAAAGCCGAGCGGAAGCGCAUGAGAAACAGAGUGGCCGCGUCCAAGUGCCGGAAAAGGAAGCUGGAGCGGAUCUCUCGGCUGGAGGACCGGGUGAAAAACCUCAAGACCCAGAACACGGAAUUGGUCUCGUCUGCCAACGUGCUCCGGGACGAGCUGGCUUUGCUCAAACAAAAGGUCAUGGACCACGUGAACAGCGGCUGCCAGCUCAUCCUGACCCAGCAGCUCCAGGCUUUCUAGACUUUUCAAAAGGGAUGUUUCUUGGGGACCAAAUGUAGCUCCAAGUGGCCUGCUGAGUCUCACCGGGGAGUCCCACUAUCCUUCAGUCCAGGCCGCUUCCACUCUGCCAGAACUGUACAGACGAUGACAAACACAACUCAGAGGAAACUCACUAAUGUUUUACAGUUUCUUUCAGUCCAUCCUAACUAUAAUUCAGCGUGUGCAAUGCAGCAUCCAUCCAGACCCUGGUCCUAGUCCAGUCCCAUGUAUGCAUCCAGACUUGCACUGAGCUUCCCACCAGCGACUGUAGAACACUAACAAGAACCCUCAGCAGGGCCAAGCGUUUACUGACAAUAAACUGCCUUACUUUCUUAACCUGAUAGGAGUGUCAAACACUUUGUAUUAUUAAUAUUUGUACGCUAUUUUGAGCACUUCCGAACUGUACAUAUGACAAAAUAAAACGUUGAGACACAGCUGCUGGGUGUGUGCGUCCUGAUUAAUAAAUCAGUUGAGGAAGGAUUAAGAAUUGAACAGACCUUCGAUGCAUUAGACAUGAGGUGUUUGUUACAGGGGAACUGGGACAGACGGGACAGUGAGUCACCAUGUAAGUGGGUCCAAAACACUGGCUCCUAUUGGAUGAUC